AUGCGUGUCGCGGUAAUGGGAGCAGGCAGCAUUGGCGGAUAUUUUGGAGGUAUGCUGGCCCGUUCCGGCAACCAGGUUACCUUGAUUGCCCGAGGGGAACACCUGCAGGCAAUCCGAGACCAGGGCCUCCGAAUACAGACCGACUCUAAGCUCUUGACGAUUCCAUGCGGCGAUAACCUGGCCGCCACCGCUGACCCGUCGGAGGUGGGACCGGUGGAUCUGGCCUUGCUGACGGUCAAGACCUACCAGAACAAUGUGGCAAUACCGGCAAUGCUGCCCAUGGUAGGGACGGAUACGACGGUGCUCUGCCUACAGAACGGAGUAGAUAGCUACCAGGCGGCUGCGGAGGUAUUGGGUGAGGACAAGGUGCUGCCCGGGGCGGCCUACAUUGAGGCGGCGAGACUGGGGCCCGGGUUGCUUAAGCAGAGCGGUAGCGUGGUUCGAAUUGCCUUCGGCGAGGCGGAUGGCAGCAACACCGAACGAGGCGGGGCCAUAUUGCAGGCCUUGACCGAAGCGGGAAUCAUCGCCCAGUUCAGGCCGGACAUUCAACAGACCUUGUGGACCAAGUUCCUGUUCAUCGCGACCAUGGCAGGGGUUACAUCGCUUUCUCGCGAGACCAUGGCACGGAUCAUGCCGCGCCAGGAAUGGCGAAGGGUAAUAGUUGCCUGUAUGAGGGAGAUUGAAGGAGUUGCCCGGGCCAGCGGGAUAAACCUGGACCCCAAUAUAGUUGAAAACACGGUGGCUUACAUUGAGGGUGACCUGGAAGAUAUGCAUGCCUCUAUGCACGCAGACAUCAUGUCUGGUAGACCCCUGGAACUGGAGGCGCUGAACGGGGCGGUAGUGCGGGCAGGCCAGCGAGCGGGGGUGGCGACACCUAUCAAUGACCUGAUUUAUGCUGCCUUGAAGUCCUUUGCCGCGGGUAGCUGA